AUGGAACGACCACCAGGGGGCCAUAGACCCAACCCUUACCAGACAUACCCUCAGCCUCGCUCUGCGAAUCCACAGUCUGCGCUGCCGUCUCGGGGUCAAAAUCCACAACCUGCGCUCCCAACUCGAGGACCGAAUCCACAGACUGCACUUCCACCACGGGGACCAAAUCCACAGUCAGUUGUUCCACCCAGGGGUGCAAACCCACAACAAAACCUUCCAAAUCGCGUUCAAAAUCCACAGGCGGCAGUUCCCCGCCCACCGAAUCCACAGUCAGCACCUCCCAGAGCCCCCAUUCCUCCUCCACUACCCAUUCCUCGGCCCCCGAACCCGCAGUCGGCGCCUCCUCGUGUACCUAACCCUCCAAAUACCACUGCGCGUCCAACAAAUGGACGCCCAGCUACGCCCCACCCAGCACAUCCACAGCCUCAACAUCCGCAGAUAGUACACCCCCAUCCGACGUAUCCGAACCCCAACAACCCUUACCCUCAUAACCCUUACCCUACUCCUAACCCUCACACAACACACUCUCGGCCUGCACCUAGCAACACUCUGAACACGCACUCUGUUCCAAUCAACGGACAUACCACCCGCCCGCCUCCCCAAAAUCACUAUCAAGAUGACCUGGAUGAUGACGGAGACGACCUCACAGAUGUUCCUCACCAGCAGGACGUUGACCGGCGCGCCCGACGCUUAUAUCUCCAAAAGAUCGCACACACCACUGUCGAGGCGAUCAACAACGGGAUUGUCGACGUUUCAAAGACAAUGCGGCGCACGCGGUUGUAUACUCCUGACUCCCCCGAACUCAUAGACUGGCAGUACCCACCGCGGCACAGCUGGUACGCGCCAAACAGGAACCCUGCCAAUAUCCUUGUACUAGGCAUGUCGACGCUGCAGGGCGUCCAGUACUUCUACUCCGGGCCAUCGCUGCUAGCAACCUCGUCCUCAGAGCCGAUGGGGACGGCGACGGGCACAGGGACGACUACGAAUGUGAAUACAAAUACAAACGGGGACGGGGAGGGCGUCGCGCGUAUUGGCGUGCUCAACUUCGCUUCGGCGACUCAGCCAGGGGGUGGCUUCCUUGAGGGUGCGCGGGCGCAGGAAGAGUCGAUCGCGCGCUCGUCAACACUGUACGUCUCGCUCACCACACCCGCCGCGCGCCCGUUCUACGCGGCGCAUGCGAAGGACAGCGGGGGCGGGUUCUAUUCACAUGCCAUGAUAUACUCGCCGAAUGUGCACAUAUUCAGGGACGAUAAUGGUGGGUGGGUGAAGCCGCACCAGGUGGACGUGCUUACGAGCCCCGCGGUGAAUGCUGCGCAUGUCCGUCGUGCGAGUCGGUUCAGGCAUAUCCCGCCGGCGCAGCUGGAGGCGAACAUUGAAGAGGUGAUGCGCGAGCGCAUGGCGCGUGUGUUGGCACUUUUUGAGCGGCAGGGCGCGCGGAACCUUGUGCUAGGUAGUUUCGGCACGGGUGUGUUUAAAAAUGAUGUCCGAAAGGUGGCAAGGGUGUGGAGGGAGCUUUUGGUGAGUCAGGGAGCGCGAUUCUCGCGGUCGUUCGAAAAUGUUGCGUUUAUGAUUCCAGAUGAUGAAACGAGGGCGGUUUAUGAGUCCGUUUUGAAUCCCAGAAGGAGGGGGAGAAAUUCUAGCUUUUGA